AUGGCCGAAUUUCCUGACAAUUUUGGCAUCAUUAUCCAUCGUGAAGGCAAACGCGUGAUCUUUGAGUUCAACGCGAAACAUGACUCAGAACGCCAACGUGUCCUUGAACAAGGUUAUAAAUUCACCAAAGACAUCAUUAUCCGCGCCACUCCCGCUUUGGACAAGACCUCGCAGGUGAAAAAGUUGCGCCUAUCAAACCUACCUCUCCUAGCACCUGAAGACCUUGAAAGAGGUCUUCGCACAACCUUCGAACCAUACGGUCGCAUCCUGGAUGUAGGGAUCAAUCGCGAUCCAAAGACCAAAGCGUACAUGGGUAACGGUUUUGCAGUUUUGGACAUUCAACCCCGUUCAGAUACGCCAAACCGCCCGCUUGAUCAUCAUGUGCCCUGGCGUAAUGACCCAGAUGACCUGAUAUACGCCAAUUUUGAUCAGAUGCCCCUAUACUGCUCGCGAUGUCAUGAGCCGAACCACUCUGCGGACGAUUGUCCUCGAUCCCGUAGAAACCAAAAGAAGCGUUGCCAACAUUGUGCCUCUCCGUCGCAUCAGUCCUCGAUUUGCCCGUCUAUCCGGAAUGACCCCCAAUGGACACCAGGUCAAUCGAAUCGUAGCCGGCGCAAAAUGGGCCAUAAACAAACCGAAGCAUCUGCAGAGUUACUGAAAUCGGCCCACGCGCCAUCCAAAACGGAGAAGAAUCCUAAACCGACCACCAAUAACAGCAACAGGUACGCUGCUUUGGAGGGCCUAGACGCGACUGCCUCGUCUAUCACCACCGGGCAAGGAACCUCGCUCACCACCCCAGCAGCAGUAUCUGCGAAGCCCGAACAGACAAACAAUGUCCCGUCUUUUAAGCUUAGUAGCUUGAUGGACAUGGACACCGCAGCCGACAUGCAAGCUUACGCGGACUUGGAGAAUCUCCGCUGGUGCCACCCCAACCCUCUCAUAAAACAACCUGUAUUUAAUAUGAUAUUAACCAAAAACGAUAUAUCAAUUUUGUCCAUCAAUGCUCGUGGACUUCUACAAAAAAACAAAAACACCAAAAACAACAAAUCACAACUUAUACGCUAUCUCCGUGAGCAACAACCUCACAUCAUCACCCUACAAGAAACGCAUGCUCAUGACGACGACGUCCAGGAACGCCUUCAUCAACAGUUUUGCGCCACACAAUCAUUCUGGACCAAAGACUGCGGCAUUGUCUCUCUUUGUCCCGACAUUCAGCUCACACGUAUUAAUAUUCUCGACGACUCGCGCCAUAUACUCGUCCGGGUCGAACAUAAACAAAACAGCUUCGCACCCUUCUACACUAUCACCAUAUAUGCACCAUCAUCAAGUCACACAGCUCGACGACGAUUUUUUGCAACACUCUAUAACUCACCAAUUUUCAACAAUCAACACCCGUAUCGCCAAAGGCUGGUCCUCACUGGCGAUUUCAACUACAGCUACAGACGAGCCGACUACCGGCCAAAUGCACCAACUGACUGGCACACUCUAUUACAAGAGGAAUUCACCAAUUGCCUCAAUCCAUCAGCCGAUGAAGUCCCGUACCCUACUUUCAGGCGCGGCGACUCAACUAUGUCAACGAUUGACUACAUUUUUGCUUCACCCGUAUUUACUAAUACGGUGAAGGCGAGGGAAGUUUCAUAUGUGGCAUCCAGCUGGACGGAUCAUGCAUUAUUAUUGACUACUCUUCAUCUGGGUCCCUCUAGCACAGGAAAGGGUUGUUGGCGUGGAAACCCUCUCAUCCUUGGCUAUAAGGACUUCCGCAAACAACUCGCACGACGCAUUACG